AGUGGGCCGAGCGGGCUCCGGCAGCUUGUCAGUCGGCGGACCGACCUCAUUCGGCUGGAGGAGCAAGAAGGAAUCCAAUCCAUAUUUAAAAUAAUAAUAAUAAUAAUAAAAUAAAAACAAGACACGCGCACAGGAUUGGACGAGAAAAGACGGGGCGCGCACGCACGAUUCUGACGGAAUUGGCCCAUUUUUUCCCCUCCUGUGGAUCGUGCGAGUCGUUUUUUGUUUUGUUUUUUUUGGGGCAUAGGAAUCAGCUUCAUAUCGGGGACACCCGGCGCGUGCAUGCUUCCACCAAUGAAUGUGUAGCUGAGCCAUGUCUCUGAGAAGCGAGGAGUUGCGACGGCGACCCAGUGCUCCGUCUUUCUGCUCUCUUCUUUGGCGACCGCUCAUCUACUUGCCCACAGUCCUGGUCCUGCUCUGGUCGCCCGCCGCCGUCCUCGGGGCACUGGAGCUGCAGCUGGAUGAGGAGCAGCCAGCGGGGACCAUCGUCGGCGACAUCAGCGCCGGGUUGCCACCUGGCGAGUCCGCUAGCCUCUACUUCAUCUCAGAUCAUGAGGGGACGGGCGUCGGAGGCGACCUAAACAUUGACGAGACUACCGGGAUCAUCACAACGGCGCGCCGCUUGGACCGCGAGCGCAGGGAUCGCUACAGCUUCAUUGCCGUCACCAUGACAGGCGUCACCAUCCAGGUGACCGUCAUCGUCAAUGACAUCAACGACCACGCACCCGAGUUCCCCAAAAGCAAAGGGCUUCUCAGGAUCCCCGAGCACACGGCGGCUGGGACCCGGUUUUCCUUGGAUCCGGCCAGCGAUUCCGACAAGGACCAGUUUACCACUCAAGGGUAUGCCAUCCGCGAGGGGAACGUGGGCCAGGUGUUCCGUCUGGAGACCAAGAGGGCGGCCAAUAAGGCACUGUAUCUGGACCUGGUUGUCAACGGACUCCUGGACCGAGAGAAACGCUCGAGUUACACGCUGAUCCUGGAAGCCUUCGAUGGGGGCUCGCCCAGGAGGGUGGGCUCCAUGACUCUGGAGGUGGCUGUGACUGACGUCAACGACCACGCGCCGGUUUUCAACCAGAGCCGAUACCACGCCAUAAUUUCAGAGAGUCUCCCUCAAGGAAGCAGCAUACUACAGGUCUUUGCUGCAGACCAGGACGAGGGUGACAACGGACUUGUCCUCUAUGAAAUCAACCGACGUCAAAGCGACCCUGAGCGCUACUUCGUCAUGGACCUCAAGUCCGGAGUCAUCACGUUGAACAGACCGCUGGACUAUGAGCUCAAGAGAGUGCACGAGCUGGUGGUCCAGGCCAGGGACAACGCAAGCCAUCCGGAGGUGACCAACGCUUUUGUGACCAUUCACGUGCGCGACUACAACGACAACCAGCCUACCAUGACCAUCAUCUUCCUGAGCGAGGACGGCUCCCCGAAGAUCUCGGAGGGGGCCCAACCGGGCCAGUAUGUGGCCCGCAUCUCCGUUACCGACCCGGACUACGGCGAGUACGCUAAUGUCAAUGUCUCGCUGGAGGGCGGCGACGGAAAGUUUGCGCUGACCACCAAGGACAGCAUCAUCUACCUGAUCUACGUGGACCAGGUUCUGGACCGAGAAGAACGCGACUCCUACGACCUCCGAGUGAUGGCCACCGACUCGGGUACGCCCCCCCUGAGGGCGGAGUCUUCGUUCACCAUCCGGGUGACGGACGUCAACGACAACCCGCCUCUGUUUGACCAGCAGGCCUACAGACAGACCAUCCCUGAGGUGGUCUACCCGGGAUCUUUCGUUCUUCAAGUCACCGCCCGGGACAAGGACCAGGGUCUCAACGGGGAAAUCCGCUACAGUCUCCUGAAGGACGAGAACUCCCGCAUGGACUGGUUCUCUGUGGACCCGGUGACGGGGAUCAUCACCACAGCCGCCGCCCUGGAUUUUGAGUCAGAGCCGUCGCCCAGCGUGACAGUGGUGGCGACGGACAGCGGGCGGCCGGCGCUAUCGUCCACCGCUCGGGUGGAUGUGGUGCUGCAGGACGCCAACGACAACGCGCCCGUCUUCUCCAGGAGCUUCUACAACGCCACCAUCGAGGAGAAUGCCCCCGCCGGGACCUGUUUCCUCCAGGUGUCCGCCACGGACGGCGACCGCGGUUCCUUCGGCGCCGUGUCGUACGCGCUGGGUCCCGCCUCCGGCGCCGCGGCCGCCGCUUUCUUCACCGUCAGCGAGGAGAGCGGGCAGCUGUGCACCAGCGCGGUCGUGGACCGCGACCAAGGGCCGGACGUGUUCGAGCUGACCGUUACCGCAACGGACGGGGGCGGCCUGAUCUCGGCGGCCCGGGUGAGAGUGUCGGUGGCUGACGUCAACGACAACAGGCCUGCCUUUUACCCAGUUCUCUACACGGUCAGCUUGAGUGCCCACAGCGCCCCCGGAACCUCUGUCGUCAGGGUGACGGCCAGCGAUCCGGAUGCCGGGGAAAACGGCCGGGUGACGUACCGGGCAACGCCUGGCAGAGGUUCUGCCUUCUUCACCCUCAACAAGGAUACAGGUGUGAUUUCGCUUUCGCGCUCGCUCCACGGCAAAGCCAACUCGGUCAUCUCCAUGGUAAUAUCAGCCCGGGACGGCGGUGGCCUGACGGCCCCGGUGGACGCCAGGGUGAAUGUGAGCGUGGUGGGGGGUUCCGUAUCGUCGCCCGUGUUUGAGCAGCCGCAGUACUUCUUCACCGUGUCCGAGGAUGUUCUCCGAGGCACGGCAGUGGGCGUGGUCCACGCUGAGACUAAGACUGCUCUUUCCAAAGACAUCUUCUAUUCCAUCUCUUCCGGAGAUCCCGAUGGUUAUUUCACCGUGGAUGGUGCAACUGGAACCAUCCGCACCGCCCUCCCCCUGGACCAUGAAACCUGCCCGAGACUGGACCUUGAGAUCCAGGCACGAUUCGGCUCUCCUCCCGCUUUUGGGACCAGUCGAGUGCGCAUCUCAGUAUCGGACAUCAAUGACAACGCACCUGCUUUCCUGCCCUCCUCGUCUGAGUCCCUGCUCCUGCCUGAGGUCACCAAGAUGGGAACGAUCGUGUACCGCAUUCAGGCCUCGGACAAGGACUCUGGUCAUAACGGUCAGCUGAGCUUCGAUUUGGUGUCAGCCGGGGUUGCGGGCAGCAGCGGCCAGAGGACGUUCGGCGUGGAUCGAGGCAGCGGGGAGGUGCGACUGAUCGGCGGACUGUCCUACGAGACCAUCCCCCGUUAUGACCUCCAGGUGGUGGCCAAAGAUGGCGGAGCACCUCAGCUGAGCUCCACCUUCACCCUGGUGGUUCACAUCCAGGCGCAGGACGCUCAAGGGCCCCACUUUGACACUCUGACAUACCGUGUGGAGCUUCGAGAGAAUGUGGCUCUUGACACACGCUUCCUUCAGGUUCGAGCUCUUAACAAAGACACCUCGGGAAAUGGCGGCCGUGGUUCCUCAUCGUCCGACAUUUUGUACCGUCUCCGGCCUGAUGGCGAUGCAGCCGGCUUUGGAAUCAUGCCUGAUAGCGGUUGGCUGUUUGUGCGGAGUUCUCUAGACCGGGAAGUCAAGGACAUGUACUUGCUGACUGUUGUGGCCACCUCGGGCCAGGUUGGGAUAGGACGGACCGGCAGCGCCACCGUCAGGGUCACCGUGACUGACGAGAACGACAACUCCCCAAAGCUCAGCCAGGACAGGGUUUUCCUGGCGGUGCGAGAGAACCUGUUGGCGGGGACAGGCUUCGGUAGGGUAUCGGCGAUGGACCGAGACGCAGGACUGAAUGCCCGACUUAGCUACAGGCUGCUCCACGCUGACAGACACUUUCAGAUUAACUCGCAGACAGGGGAAAUCAGCACUCGCCAGCCGCUGGACAGGGAGCAGCAGUCCAGCUUCCAGUUGGCGGUGGUGGUGCAAGACGGCGGCACACCUCCCCGGACCGCCACUGGGACGGCUUACGUCAGCGUGCUGGACGAAAACGACCACGCUCCCAGUUUCACCCAUGCCCGUCCGGACCGAGAUCUGGUCUUUCAGGUGAACGAGGGGCUUCCCUCUGGUACUGUCCUCGGUACGGUAUCCGCCAAGGACCCAGAUGAGGGCGAAAACAGCACCAUCUACUACUCUUUAGCAGGCUCCAGAGCGGAGCGCUUCUCCCUGAACGCUGCCACCGGCGAGCUCCGAACCGCCGCCCCGCUGAGGUGGGCGGAACGCGCCGAGUACGAGCUGACCGUGACCGCCGCCGACCACGGAACGCCGAGCCUCAGCUCUGCCUGCCUGCUGCGGAUACAAGUUCUGAGCUCCGCCAAGUCAUCCCCAAAGCCCAACGUGCUGUCCAUGACGCUGAAUGUGGUAGAAGGAGCUCUUCCGGGUUCCGUGGUGGGCUCGGUACACCAGCCAGAGUCCGCUGGCUCAGAAGGCCAGAUCACCUACCUGGUGGUGGGCGGGACGGACCGAGACGGGACCUUCAUGGUGGACCGCUUGAAGGGCGACGUGUACCUUCUGCAGGAACUGGACUACGAGAAGGGUUCUGAGUACACGCUGCACGUGGAGGUGUCCGACUUCUUCCGGGCUUUUCCUCGGAGCCACCUCGUGAAACUGAACAUCCAGGUGCAGGACAGGAAUGACCAUUCGCCGCAGUUCACAGAAGAUCCCGUGACCAUCGUCGUGUCUGAGAACCUCAAAGCGGCAGCCUCCAUAUACACUUUUCAGGCUGUAGACAAGGACGCCGGCGGUCCCAACAGUGAGCUGCGCUACUCCAUGGAGUACCGCUGGCCAGAGAAGGCCGAUGACCUCCUCCUAUUGGACUCCGUCAGCGGUGUCCUCACUCUGGGCAGGACGUUGGACCGCGAAACCACUCCGUCUCUUCACCUGGUGGUCCGGGCCACUGACCAAGCGGUGGACCCCUCGCAGAGGCGCUGGGGUUCGGUCACGGUGCGACUCUUUGUCACCGACCAAAACGACAACGCGCCGGUCUUCAACUCGCCGGUGGCUAUCAGCGUGAUGGAGGAUCAGCCCGUCGGCUUUGUGAUUUUGUACGUGAUGGCUCGGGAUGAGGAUGAAGGGGAAAACGGACGAGUGUCGUACAGAAUCCGGACGGGAAACAGUGCUGGUCACUUCAGUCUGAAUCCAAACACUGGCGCUCUGUCCAUCCUGAAAGCUCUCGACCGAGAGGACCAGGAGGUGUUCAAUCUGACGGUGGUGGCGGAAGAUGGAGGCACGCCUUCGCUCUCCACCUCCCAGUUUCUCCGGGUCCAGGUGAUGGACAUCAAUGAUGAAGCGCCAGUGUUCCAGAAGGCUGAUUUUGAGACCCAGGUUCUGGAGAACCAGCGGCCCGGCACGACGGUGCUGACAAUGGUGGCCACCGACAGAGAUCAAGGUUCCAAUGGGCACGUGACAUUCGGGGGCGUGACGGAAGAAGGCUUUGUCAUCAACCCGACGACCGGCGUCGUCACCACCACCAAAGAACUGGACAAGGAGCUUCAAGAUCACUACAUUCUUACUGUCUACGCAUGGGACAGCGGUCUGCCCCCCAACUUCGCCAAGGCGACAGUGCGGGUGGAGGUUCAGGACGUGAACGACAACGCUCCGGUCUUUGCCCGGCCGUGGUACGGCCUGGAAGCCCCCGAGAACCAGGACCCUGUGGAGCUCUGUGUCCUCAAGGCCAUGGACCCGGACUCGGGCGCUGGCGGGGAGCUGGAGUACAGGAUUACCGCGGGAGAUCUGGAUGAGGAUUUCCUUCUCCACGCCAGCACGGGUGCCUUGUCCACCCGACGGGGCCUGGACAGGGAGACCAAGGCCGAGUACACGCUGGAGGUGACGGCCGCGGACCGAGGCACCCCGGCUCUGAGCGCCGUGGUCACGGUGAAGAUCCGAGUGCUGGACGUCAACGACAACAAUCCCGUUUUCGGCACGGCCAGCUACAAUGCAGAUAUUUCCGAGGAUGCUGCUGAGGGAUCACAAGUCCUGAUGAUUCUUUUGAUGUGUUCUCAGGUGUCUGCAGAGGAUCCAGACGAUGACGUCAACGGCAAAGUCGCGUACUUCCUCAGCCACGAGGCCGACGGUGCGUUCGCGGUGGAGGAGCAGACCGGCCGCGUCAUCACGUCUGCGCGUCUGGACCGCGAAAAGCAAGCGUCGUACAGCUUCCAGGUCUUUGCCACAGACCAAUCCCCGGCAUCGCCCAGAAACUCAUCUACUCAGGUGACCAUCACUAUCACGGAUGUCAACGACAACAUGCCCGUCUUUAUCCAGGACCCGUUGGUUAUGGAGGUGUCCAGCAGGCGAUCACAACGGGUUCUGGCCACCAUGAAGGCAGAGGACAAGGACUUUGGCGCUAACGGCUCAGUGUUUUAUCGCUUUGCCGCCCCGGUGAAGGGCUUCAGCAUCAACUCUCUGACUGGGCAGAUCCAGGCUACGGAGCCUCUGGAUACCCUGUCCCAGGGCCAGAGGACCCUCAUCGUGGAGGCCAUGGACCAGGGCACCCCGGCCCAGUCCGCGCAGGGGGUUGUGGUGAUCUACGUGAAGGAGGUGGAGUAUGACGGCAUUCGCUUCUCCAGGAACACCAGAGACGUCCCCAUACAGGAGAACGUGGCUAAAGGCACAGCUGUGGCUCAGGCCCAGGCCCAGUUUCCAAAUGGAAACCGCAAGGGAAUCAGCUACAGCAUCUUCAGCGGGAACAGACGGCAGGCCUUCACCAUCAGCUCAUCCACAGGUGAAAUCUGGGUGCAGAGUGCCGAGGGUCUGGACUUUGAGGACACGCCCAGGUUGCGUCUGGUGGUCAAGGCCGAAACGGUGUCCUCGACCUCGUUCACCAGUAUCAACUUGAUGCUACAGGAUGUCAAUGACAACCUGCCUCGCUUCCAGCUACAAAACUACGUGGCAUACGUGAAGGAGGCACAGGGAUAUGAAGCGCCGAUCAUACAGGUUGUGGCCAAGGACGUGGACCAGGGCCAGAACGGUCAGGUGACCUAUUCCAUUCAGUCGUCGGGUAUGAGCGGCUUGUUCAAGAUUGAUCCGAUGACAGGAAGCGUCACCACCACGGCUAUCAUGGACCGCGAGAUCUUUACCCAGACCAAGCUGGUAAUCACAGCAACCGACAGGGGAAGCCCAAGGCUCGCAGGUUCAGCGACUCUGACCGUAAUCAUCGUGGACCAGAAUGACAACAGUCCUACUAUUCCCUUGCCACAAGAAAUCCGCAUCUCAGAGAACACAUUGAUCGGCACCGAGAUCACCCUGGUGACAGGCAACGACGUAGACUCCGGCCCCGCCCUGGCCUACUCCUUGCACCUGGACUCGAGCGCCGUGGGCAAGUUUGGGAUCCACCGCUACACCGGAAGCGUUUCCCUCACCGCGCCGCUGGAUUUUGAGGAGAAGACUUGGUACACCCUGACUGUCAGAGCGACCGACAGCCAGCACCACACCGAGGCCAACGUCACCAUCCUGGUCGAGGAUGUCAACGACAAUGUGCCGGUUUUCACCAAGGACCUCUAUCAGGUGAGCCUACCCGAGCACACGCCAGCUGGCAGUGUGGUUAUCACGGUGACGGCAACCGACAAGGACUCUAGAGAGAACGGAAGGAUCACCUACAGUGUGAUGUCGUCUACUCAGGAGAGAUUCUACAUUGAUCCCAACAACGGAACUUUAUUCAUCAGCCACCGAGCGGAGUUUGACCCCGAACGGCCUUCUAUCAAUGUGGUCAUUGAAGCCCGCGAUGGGGGUUCGCCGCCGCAUUCUGCUCUCGCCACCAUCCAGGUUCAAAUCACCGACAUCAAUGAUAAUGCGCCCGUGUUCCACCAAUCAGAGUACAGGGCGAUGGUUUCAGAGGACACCAUCCCCGGGGUGACAGUCUUGACAUUCGAGGCCUUCGACAGCGACCUCUCCCGGGAAAACUGCGGCUUCGACUUUGCUAUCACCAACGGCAAUGAGGGCAACGCCUUCCAGAUCGAAAGCAGCGUGCGUUUCCUGGAGGGUCGGGGCUUCCAAACCGUUGGGACACUUCUCUUGGCCGAGGGGCUCGAUUUUGAAGCCAAGCCGCUGUAUAACCUCACUGUGGUGGUGUCAGACCGUGGCGUCCCCCAGAGGAGCUCCAGCGUGGCGGCUGUGAUUGUGAUCAGCGACAUAAAUGACAACCCGCCGGUUUUCAGCAGGGCGGAAUAUGCGGUGGCAUUGAGCGAGGGCGCCGCUGCCGGGAGCGAGAUCAUACGACUAACUGCAACAGAUCCAGACUCGACGCCAAAUGCGGAGGUCCAUUAUGCAAUCAGCUCCGGGGAUGAGAUUAACCUAUUCACCGUGGACCAAUGGACCGGAGCCUUGCGACUUCAGCAGGCGUUGGACCGCGAGCACCGGUCUACUCAUGCCGUCGUCAUCCAGGCCACAGACGGCCAAGGACAUUUCGCCCUGGUUCCCGUUGUUGUCGAGGUGAAAGACAUGAACGACAAUCAUCCUUUCUUCCCAGUGGAAGUCCUGACAGCAAGCAUCAGGGAAAACCAACCAGUAAAUUCCCCUGUAAGCGUUCUCCACGCCAUAGACUAUGACACAGGAGUCUUCGGCCAGUUAAGGUACUUCAUGGAAGAGCGGUCGCCCGCGGAAAAGGACUUCUUCGUGGAUUCUUCCACUGGCGAGAUCAGGAGCAAGAACCCCUUUGACUUUGAGAAGAUCAAUUCAUUCAACUUUGUUGCAAUUGCAGUCGAUGCAGGAAACCACUCCGCCACCGUGACGGUGCAGGUGUUUGUCACAGGCGAGGAUGAGUACGACCCGCUUUUCACCUCUUCCGAGUUCUCCUUUAAGGUCCCGGAGGACUCCAGGAAAGGCCAGAGCAUUGGCCAAGUCCAGGCCCACGACGAGGACAAGGGCGUAGACGGGAUCGUCCUCUACUCCUUCCCCACGAGCUCUCCUUACUUUGAAAUCAACAAAACCACCGGUGUGGUUUUCCUCAAGCUGGACAGCGGUCAAAGCAGCAACAGCGGAUCAGGUCGAGCCAAAAGGGAAACUAGGCUGAUCACGCUGGACGUGAGAGCUCACAGUCCUCUCGAUGCAUCUCGGCAUGCCACGGCGCACAUCUCCAUUGAUGUAACCAACACGGGUUUUGGCUUGUCCCCCAAUGUUAACAUCCUGCUGAUUAUCAUUAUUGCCGUAUCGCUCGGCGUGAUCGUUCUGCUCGUUGUCAUGGCGGCAGUGGUGUUUUUGGUGAAGUCCCACAAGAAGAAGAAAGCCCAGAACGCUACAAACAGAGACGUGCCCUCGGGAACUGCCCUGAAGAAUAUGGACAACUGCAGCUCUGGACAGGGAGAGGAAAGAAUAUACCACCAGGCCUUGCCAGGCUAUGUUGGAGACCAGACGGCUGGAGGUGGGGGUCCGUACACAAGAGGUGGCUCUCUGGAUCCGUCUCACUCUAGCGGGAGAGGAUCUGCAGAGGCAGCGGAGGAUGAUGAAAUCAGGAUGAUUAACGAGUACCCUCGUGUGGCGUCCAUCAGCUCAUCCAUGCAGGAACACAUCUCUGCCAGAGGACCAGACUCUGGGAUACAGCAGGACGCCGACCAGCUCUCCGACGUCUCUUGUGAACCGGCAGCUUUGGAAGGGAGCACUUGGUUCAAAGGCAAAAAAUUGGGUGGGAGUCUUAGUGGGACUUUGCUCUCUGGGCAGCUCCCGGUCUGCAGGGAUGAGGGAGGUGGGUACCUUCUUGGAGUUGGGAGGGGCCUCAAUAUUUCCCUCCCCAAGGAUUACGCCUUCCCUGAGGAUGGGAAACCAUCCGUGGAUGGUUCUCUCACAGCCAUAGUGGCUAGUGACGAGGAGCUCCGGGGAAGCUACAACUGGGACUACCUGCUCAACUGGUGUCCACAGUUCCAACCCCUGGCCAAUGUCUUCACAGAGAUUGCCAGAUUGAAAGACGAGACGGCCCAGCAGAACCCCAAUCCGCGCCAGCCUUUCCAGCCCAAGCCCAAAAUGGACCCCAAACCCAGAAUUGACCCGCCACCACUCAUCACGUCUGUCGCCCACCCAGGGGCCAUGUCAGUACCCCCCAAGAUCCCUGUGAUCGGACGGACGUUCCCCCACCUGGCAUCGCUCAGACGCUCCCCCAUUAGUCACGAGGGUUCCAUUUCCUCAGCAGCCAUGUCGCCAAGUUUUUCACCCUCGCUUUCCCCGCUGGCAGCGCGCUCGCCUGCCGUCUCCCCUUUUGGUGUCAACCAGGGGCCCUCGGCGUCCAUGAUUAGCACCCGGGAGCCCUCGCUGGACCAGAGCCCUGAUCACGAGAUGAGAAUUUGAGGACAAUUUCUCGAACUAUCACAUAUUUCUCCGUCCUUGGCGCCAAUUCCGUGGACUGGCACUCAGCGUGGUGACUGGACCGCCCUUUGUGGUUCUCAGACUUUUUAGGUCCAGGGACCACUUACAGCAAAGAAAGGACAAACCUAAAUAUGUUUUGCCAGGGUCAGAUGAAUGUGUUGAUACAUCAGAGUCACAUCAGAACAUUUAAUUGGCCCAAAGCUAAAGUUGUUUUACUGAUGUGCCCAUACGUAGGUAUACACUUUUUUUUAAAUUAUACAAUAUAUUAAUUUAUUGUACCCGGAUCCCAGUGUGUGAAUGACUGGUCUGCAGGACAACUCACUGCGGUUUUGACAGUGACUUGCGGCGUUGUGGUGGGUUUUCAUGUUCCCUCGCUGGCUGGCCAGAGAGAACCUUGUUCAUGCGGGUUAGGGUCAGUGUUCAAAGCAUCGGGAAAAAAAAAAUGAACACCAGCGGAUUGUUUUUGACGUGCCAAUGUGGGACGGACGUAGAGAUCAUUGCCCGUUUCUGCGAUUUUAAAAUACAUUUUUGCCAUCAAAUAUUGAUUUGACAUUGUGUUUGUGCAUUAUGUGUAUUAGGAUGUUUGAAAACUAGGGUAUGUGCCUUUGUGAUUGUUAGCCAGUUAGCGCCUCCAGUCGGGACGGAUACGCACGUGUUUGCUAGCGUUAUUUAUAUGAACAAAGGAGGAGGAGGAGGAGGAGGUCUUACACUUUGUUGUUUACUUUGUCAAAUUUCAGAUCGAAGCAGUUUUAGAGGGGUCAUCUCCGUGUCUUUACGAUGAAACCGCUUCCUGCAUCGACGAUAACGGUAUUCGUCUUAGCGCGGAGGGAAAUAUGCAAACGUAACUGGACUGCAGCCAACGCUACGGAAACAUUUUAGGUUUGGAGUUUUCCCUGAGAGGGCUGUUAUGACCGAAGCCCCCCCUUCUUCUUUAAUUGCCUCACCAUAUUUACGCAUCAAAUUCGUGAACUCAUUUUGGAAUCAGAAAUCAAAGGGUAAUGGGUUAUUCCACUAUCGUUGAUGUUUGGUAACACAAAAAUGCUUGCAACAUUUCAACGUCUUCAUUUAUGAUACGACAAUUUGAAAUUUUUGUCCAGAUUUGGAGAAGAAUCACGGAAGUUGUGGACGCGGGUGAUUUCCCUUUGCGGGCUGCAUAAAAUCGCGCGGUGGGCCGGACCUGGCCCGCCGGCCUUGAGUUUGACACCUGUAGCUUUGGGUGAGGACACGGAUUAGGGUCAGGGGUUGCGCAUGAGAGUUAAAACGUACACAAACUCAUCAAGCGGUGCAGUAUCCCCCCCCACACAUCCGUCUCAUUUGCAUACAGUUAUGUUUUGUCAAAUCUGUACUGUACUCGUGUUUCAAGCAACAAAAUAAAUCCCCCACUGAUCCCUUUU